UUCUGUUGAGAAUCGUGGGGAGGGAUUUGCUUGUCGGACUCGGUUGUUGCUUACAUUUUUCGGAACAGGAACUACACUGCAGGUGGAGGGAUGAGUCUCUUCCCUGUGAUUGGCACAGACGUGCCAGAAACAGCUAAUGGGGAUGUGGCUCCCAUCGCUUCAGAAAACGGCCCUCAUGAUCAGAAGUUGGUGAAAUGCGGGGGCAGCAGAGUGCCCUGUUCUGGAGAGGGAUCAGGGGACACUGACAACCACGUACAUGUGGAGAACAAAGUUUAUGAUGGCGAAGGCUGCUUGGACUCAGAGACAUUGAAUAAUGGUAGAACAUCUAGUUUAUCGUUACGCUCUUCUGAAGAGACCGACCCCUCCCUCCCUGCUGCCACAUGCACAGGAGACUCAGAGGACUCAGAAUCUGGCUCCAAAGACACAGAUAUCCAUGAGGCUUCUAACACUGUAGAGCCUCCUGGUGCAGCUCUGCUGUGGGACCCUGCACAGCAGGCACAUUUUAAAGAGUUACCUCCUAGAGAAGGCCCUGCCACGUCGGACAGACAGCAGAUGGAGACGGACACCGUAGAUGGAGACACCGACAGCCGAGACGAGGAGGAAGAUGGAGAGAAGGAGAAACAGGAUGAAGAGGAAGAUGAGAAGAAUGAAAAAAAGUGGAUUCGUCAGCGUUCAGGAGGGAGAACAAGGGUAGAGUCUUCACGACACUACUCCUCCUCAGCCCCUGGUCCCAGCACCUCGUCCUCUUCCUCCACCCCGCCUCCUCUUCUUCCCUCAGACGACCUCCCCUGCCCUCCCCACGUCAUGGCCCAGGUCUGGGUACGCAAUGUCCGGGGGAUGCAGGACAGCAAGAGCCUGGAUGAAAUCAGCCAGUCGUGUGGAGGUGGUUCGGGGGCACGGGGAGGGGGCAGAGGGGGCCAAUCAGAGGGCAGACGGGCCACCAUCUCCUCGGCUCUGGAGCUAGAGGGGACAGUCCACCAGGAGGGGGACCUGACUCACUUCAUCUGCAAGAACCUGGAGCAGAAAAUCAAGAUGAGCUCCAAGCCCAGUCUGGACUGCAGCGACUCGGACUGUUCAGGUCCCAUAUACCGAAGCCGGGGGUCGUCACGCAGACCAGCAGACAUCCCCCCCAUUGAUCCCGCUGUCCUAUUGGACCUCGAGAGACACACCCAGGAAGUGUCGCACAGCGUGGAGAUGAUGAUGCGGAGCCUCAACGGCACCAUCCAGAAUAUGACGGCUCUGAGUGUGGGCUACAUCCAGACCUACAGGGACUCUGUGGACAGCCUGGGGGAGUCUGUGGAUAUGAGCAUAAAGGGCAUGUACACACUGAUGGCUCGCUGCGAGGAGUUGGACCGCUCCAUGCAGCCCAUACACACCCUGGCUGCACAGAUCCGGGACAUCAAACGCACCCUGGACACCCUGGAGGUGAUCUGCAAGUAACCCCGCCCGUCCGGCACGAAUACACACUCCACCUGCAAAGAUCUGACGUCAAGCACAUCCUGAGCGAGGCCGUCUGCAACUAAACACACCUUCCUGCAGGUAGCGCACACACUGCAGCGGGGCUUCAGUGCACCUCUGGAUUCUUGGAGCCAUUGCCACUAGGAAUGCCGGAUGAUUGGCCCCUCCGCUAGUUCAUAAUUUGAAGAUGUUUGUCUCGUGAGGUUUACUGAAUAGCGCUUGAUUUGUUCUCGGGGCUGAUCUUCAUCCUCUUCUUUUUUUUUUUUUUAAAGAGCACCACCUAAAUCUCAUCAUUUUACUCGCUUUUGGGACACUUGGUCAAGUUCCUUAAGCCAUACAUGUGGGAAAAAACACAGAUACAAACAGAUCCAUUGAGUUCGUGUGGGUGAGUGCUGCCUUUCUCCACCUCACAGCCUGAGGAGUGUUUUGUGUGUCAUUGUCCGUCCAGCCCGCUUCGUUCAGAUUGCACUAAGCGUUCCUCGCCACAGGGGAGCGAUGUUUCUCUCUCUGUCGCUCUCUUCUUGUGUGGAGAGGCCAGUAUGAACUUCUCAGAAGACACUGACUUUUGCACAGGAAGAGAAAGUCUAUUUUUUAAUCUUAUGCAACAAGGAUCAGAUUCUUUCACUGCGCGGUUAAUGAAGGGAGGGGGGCGUCAUGUCUGUCGGUCUGUCUGUCUUUUUAAAUGUUUAUUUAUUCGCUAAUCUCAGUGCGCAUGCUUUUUCAACUACACUGCUUCUCUGUGUCACUAGGAACAGCCAGAUUUGUUCACAGGUUGCCACUGAACAGCCCACCUGUAGCAUUUGGAGUUUAAACUCAAAUGCUGCUUGAAGGUAGUUAGCAGUCGUAGGUAAUGUAAGAGUUUUCUACUAAAAUUCUCUCAGACUAUUUAUCAAUUAAAAGCCGGUAACCUUUAAUCUAAAUGUCUGCCUUCCUAAUUUAAAGCUAUCACCACCCAUGUGUCAUUUGGCCUUGAACCUUCCUUUCCUCCUCUGCAUCGAUGCAAGAUGUUUUCGAGCACUUAACUGGAAAAUUGUAGCCGACAACAGUGGCUUUUAAUGUUUGAAUAGCUCUUGGUACUGAUUUGAAUUUUAAAUGUCAUCAAAAGUGAAAAACAAUUUGUGCAAGGCUGAUAAAUCCAGCCAACUGAAACCACUGAAAAUCUAAUUAAAUUUCCAGACAUGGAGGUAGCUAACAAACUGCUCUGUGUCAUUAAUUGGGUUGUGUUGUUUUAGUUUUGAAUCAGUCAAUUGAAAGAAAUGAUAUAUUGUAUUAGCAGAGCUCUGUGUCAAAACACAUUUUGAUUCCAAACUGCUAAUAUUAGGGUUUAGGUUUUGGUUAUAACUGUGCUGCUGUUUAAUGGUCGAUACCUUCAACUGGAACAUUAUUUAUUCUAUAUCCCCUAGGUUUGUGUUCCUGUAAAUUCUAACAAGUGAUGCUUCUGAUUGUACUGAACAGUCUCAAAGAAACAAGGGUUGUGCAGCAUGUCCUAGCGUUCGUUUUCUUCAACAUUGAAAACAUUUUUUGAACAAAAGAUGAUCUGGGAAACGUCGCUGGAGUCGGGACAGACCCUCUGCAUGUGAACUAACGUGAACUCGUGUCACACUUUAUGAAGUGAGUAUUUAUUAAUUUACCUAACCAACCAAAAACCAUUUGGAGCAUUAUACUUAAUUUAAUGUAAAGACUGCGGUACGUCUGUCAUUGCACUGGUGGUAGAUGGAUUGACUACUGAUGGAUUUUGGGAUAUCUACAAAACGUUUUCAUACUGCAAAGAGAAGUAGUGACUCUUCUUAACCUUGUCCUGCACCUGCUAAUGUGUUUUCAUCUCUGUGGGGAAAGAUAAUGUGAUUGGCUUCACAAAUUAAAUUCUGUGUGAAAUCUGCUCUUUGUUUGCUUGUCACUUUCCACGACCUUUUUGGCAAAAGUUUGUGAAAAUUGUAAGGGUUAUUAUUAAAAAGGAACGCAAGCAUCUCUUGAAAGCCUACAAUAACACAGAUAUUGAUCCUCAUUCGCUUGAUUUAACUGUAAUUCCCUCCACUACGUAGUAAAAAUGUAAAUGCUCUCUUGCAGAUGACGCUAAAUGUCCAGAGAAUGGAGCUUUGGUAGAUUUUUCAGGUGAGGAAGGAUCCUUGAGCUGUGGCAGGAAAUGUGCUCGUUCAUAUUAUAAAUGUAUGACACACAAAUGUUAUGUUGUACAAUCAGAUGCACCUGUGUAGAUAUUCCUUUCUGUAACUAAAAAUGAUUGAGAUACCCUUCAUCUUGAGUGUAUAUUUUAUUGAAAAUUAACAAAUAAAUUUACAUCAGCUGCAAAAACAAA